UCACAGCGUUCACGUGGAUAUCUCUGAAGACUGCGUUCUGCUUCGUGAAAUGUGCCUGGAAAUACAAACACAAUAUUCAAAUUGGAGCCGACUGAGCAAGUACUGAGAAACUGAUGAGGACUUGCUAAUGGAAAUGGAUGAUAAUGGCCUACAGGCCUCUUGCUGUGAUACAAGAUGGUCGGAGCAACUGUCAGGCCUUCCUCACAAGCUCCUGCAGCGCCUGAUGCCUUUCCAAAGGGAGGGAGUGGAGUUUGCUUUAUCGAGGAACGGACGAUGUAUGAUUGCCGAUGAGAUGGGUCUCGGGAAGACCGUGCAGGCCAUCGCGGUGGCGUACGCCUUCAGGCAGGAGUGGCCCCUCCUGGUGGUGGUGCCCUCGUCCCUCAAGUACCCCUGGAUCGAAGAGCUGGAGAGGUGGAUCCCCGAGCUGCAGCCUGGAGACAUCAGUUUGGUGGAGAACAAGAGCCACACCAUGGGCAUUGGUAGCAGUAAAGUGACGGUCCUGGGCUAUGGCCUACUCACCACAGAUGCACGCCCCCUGGUGGAGGCACUGAGCGGGCAACGGUUUGCCGUGGUGGUGGUGGACGAGUCGCAUUAUCUCAAAUCCAGGAACGCAGCGCGGACGAAGAUUCUCGUUCCUCUCAUUCAGAGCGCCAAGCGCGCCAUCCUGCUCACCGGUACCCCUGCUCUGGGUCGACCUGAGGAGCUAUUCAUGCAAAUUGACGCCCUUUAUCCCAAGAGGUUCGGAACCUGGACUGACUAUGCCAAGAAAUACUGCAAUGCCCAUUACAGGUAUUUUGGGCCUCGCAGGCAGUGGGACUGUCGCGGGGCGUCCAACUUGGAGGAGCUGCACCAGCGGCUGAGUCAGAUCAUGAUCCGUCGUCUAAAAGCUGAUGUGCUCAGUCAGCUGCCCCCCAAAAUCCGCCAACGUAUCCCCUUUGACCUGCCCAAGGAAGCUGCAAAGGAGGCCUCGGCUAGCUUCGCCGAGUGGGAGAGGCUGAUGAAGAGCCUGGGGUCGGGGGCUGCUGCGAUGGACAACCCCUUCACUGAAGUCAUGGGCCUGGUCACGCAGAUGUACAAGCAAACAGCCAUCGCCAAGGCGGGAGCUGUGAAGGACUACAUUAAGAUGAUGCUGGAGGCAGAGCAGCUGAAGUUCCUGGUGUUCGCCCACCACCUCACCAUGCUGCAGGCCUGCACCGAGGCCGUCAUCGAGGCCAAGGCUGGUUAUAUCCGAAUCGACGGCAGCGUACCGUCAUCAGAGCGAAUCCAGUUGGUCCACAGAUUCCAGAGUGACCCAGAAACCCGAGUGGCCAUCCUCAGCAUCCAGGCAGCUGGACAGGGUUUGACCUUCACCGCUGCCAGCCACGUGGUGUUUGCCGAGCUCUACUGGAACCCCGGUCAUGUCAAGCAGGCUGAAGAUCGUGCCCACCGCAUUGGGCAGACGUCCUCCGUCAACGUGCAUUAUCUCAUUGCCAAGGGCACCUUUGACACCGUCAUGUGGUCCAUGCUCAACAGGAAGGAAAAGGUGACUGGCAGCACUCUAAAUGGAAGAAAGGAAUAUCUGAAGGCCGACGAGGGCGACAAGGACAAAUGGGAAUUCCUCAACUUUGCCAACGCGUGGACGCCAAGUGAGAUGGUGCUGCCGCUGGAGGGAAGCACAGGAAAUGCCAAAACCGACGUCUUCUUUACUCAUUUUGAGAAAGAAAAGCAGCACGACAUCCGUUCCUUCUUCUCCCCGCAAGCUGGCAAGACGAAGAGGAAGAGAACAGAAGAUGAAGAAAGUCCCUCCGUCUCCUCAGAGAUGGCUGCCACGCCAGCUGGCAUCCGGGUAUACUUAGAAAACAGCGAGGAGGGGAACGAGGAGUCAUGCUCCCAAACCUCCAAAACGCCCGAUCGGGAUUUCUCGCCCCAGCUGAAAAGGCUGCGAACACCGCAGCCCAACCGGAGCCCCACGUCUCGAUUUGGGGGGAAGCGGAGGUCGUCUGCGGGGGGGAUCAGCGCAGGCAGCCCUGCCAGCGCGGUCUCCCUAAUGUCUCAGCUGUCUGAGCCUGAUCCUGCAUCCGUGUGGAAUUGCGGGGCCUGCACCUACUCCAACAGCAGCCUGUUGCCGUACUGCGAGAUGUGUGAGUGCCCGCGCUCUACCUCUGCUGUCAGCUCAGAGCCACCCAGGCCUCAGCUACCCCCUGCAACCCAGAGGGACCAGGCUUGUGUCGUUCUCUCCAGCUCCGACAGUGAGCCAGAGCUCAGCUGGGGAAAAGCCCGGCCUCAGAAAUCACGCAAAGGCAAACAGAGCAAAGAGGGGGAGAUGGAGGAGAAGGAGGCUGAGCCUCCCAAAGACAAACAGAAAGUGGGAGAAGCAGAGGAAGAGGACAAGCAGUGGCUCAAAGGCAAACAAUCAGUGGGAGAGAGAGGCGACAACGACGCUGGCGGUGGUGGCUGCCUCCCCCCUGACCGCACACAGGACUGCGGAGCUCUGCCGUGUUUGUCUUCUGCUGCUGAUGCUAAUGAUGAUGAUGGGGGCAAUGGUGGCGAGGACGCCAACAACGCCCAUCCCUUCUACCCAGGCCUGCAGUUCUGCGCCAGCCAGUACACAGACCGAAUAUAUCUUUACUCCAAGGACGGAGCUCCGCUGAACUUGAGUUUCAUCCCAUUGGACAUCAAACUAACCAACUGGGAUGACCUGCCCGAGGCCUUCAGCCGGCGCAGGGAAAAUCGAAUACAGGUGCUGAGGUUUGUUGUGGAGUGGAGCGGCCUGCCAGCCAUGAAGCAGAAACUGCUUCGACGCAGCGGUCUUCUCUUCCACAGCCCUACCCUGGGCUUGCAGCAGCUGUCCGCCGCCCAGCGCUCUCACUCGAGCACCAAGAGGUACCUCGGUCGUGACGACGUGGCCGAGGCGUCUCUGAGCAAAGCCCAGGAGGAGGGAGGCAGCGUCCGACUGGUCACAAAGGAAAACUUCUUCACAAAGAGGAGGUCUGCCUCUUCGCUAACACCACCUGCUACACAGAGCAGGCAGGACAAUCAGUCCUGCAGGACAUCAGAUGCACAGUCAUCAACAGAGUCCAGCUACCUGCAGGCUGUGGACAGUCAGGGUGUCCCUCUGUGUCUCUCCUGCCAGCAGCCCUGCUCUACCACAGGUGGAGCGUGGGACACUCGAUUCUGCAGCCACAGGUGUCAGGAGGAGUUCCAGUUGCGCUCCAGCCAGACUUACAUGCGGUCUCGGGUGUUGGAGGCAGAGCGCGGCAUCUGUCAGCACUGUGGCCUCCACGCCCAUGACCUGUUCAUUAAGGUCCGUGAUGCUCCACCCUCCCAGCGAAAGGAGAUCCUGGAGAACACUUGGCUUACCCAGCUGCCACUCAAACAGCUGAACGAGAUGAUCCGAGCUCCAGUCGAAGGGGAUUUCUGGCAGGUCGACCACAUCCGUCCGGUCUACAGCGGAGGAGGCCAGUGCUCUCUGGACAACCUGCAGACACUCUGCACGGUCUGCCACAAAGCCAGGACGGCUCAGCAAGCCAAAGAACGAAGCCAGAGGAGGAAGAGUGCUGCAGCUUCCAAGGUUUCGUCAGACAUCAGCAGGUUCUUCGUUCGGAAAGAAAACAAUUAGCCGGGACCUGUUACGCUUUCACUUAUUGUCAGUUAGGGAUAGAGCGAUCCAAUACUUGGAUCAGAUAGCCUGACACCAAAAGCUAGAUCAGGCAGUGGGCUUAUCUAUGCUCUUCAGGUCUAUCAUGUUUUGUGUUUACUACCCCACGCAUCGGCAGCAAUCUGCUAACUUCCAGCAGGAGAGCUAAUGUAGCUUAAAGUCAGCUAACAGCAAAGCGACAGUAGUUCAAAGUGUCUUAAUAUGCGUACAAGUGAGUUGGCACGACUGAAGAGCUUCAGUGACAGCAGUUCGGUCCGUUUCUCUUUCUCUGUCAUUAUGUUUGGUUUAACACUUGUUUGGAAGCUUUUGCGUCACUCAUGGUAACUUAAAGGAAAUUAAAGGAGAAACUGUGACUAUAAAUUACAGCACUGUGCUGUAAUUAAU